AUGUCGCGCGUCGCUCUCGGCGCGUCGCGCAUGUUGGAGCGGACCGACAGCGUUGACAAGCUCAUCAAACUCAUGGCUGGCGCCUUUACCUUCUUGAGCACGACGAACUCUCUGCAGCGAGAGCAGUAUGCCGACUCGGCUAGACACCUCACCGACGUACGCUCUGUUCUGCGCCUGAGCCGACUUUUCAGCCUCACGUUCAAGAUGCAGUCCCUCGUCGAGGUGUUCGCGGCACAGGGCUUCGCGUGGACGGAACGCAAGAAGUUCUUGGAGUUCUUCAAGGCCGUCUGCGACUUUCUCUACGCCGCUGGCGACCACGCCCUGCUCGUCGCCCGUGAAAAUCUGCUGGGGAAGAACUUCGACGCGGCGCAUCUGCGAAAGUGUACUUUGGCAAUCCAGCUCUUCGGUCAUUUCUUGGGUACGGUGUUCCACCUAUUCGAGCUGCUUGACGCCGCCCGAAAGCUUCGCUACGAUCCGCCGGCGGCGACGCGGGCGUGCAAGAUCGCUACCGUCAGCGCGACGCGCGAGGCGGUAGACACGGCUGUGACCUUGUCCAUCUGCAACGGCGCGAACAGCGCAUGCCGGAUGAGUCCGCGUGUCAGCGGCGCCUUGAGAUGCCUCUCUGGUGCACUUUCCAUUUAUCUGAAUGCGCAGGCGAAAACCUAG